CGCACUAAUCAUCAGUCGGUUGCGCGCAUCGCACGCAUAUGGUAGUCAUGGUGGGAUUCUAAUCAUCGACAAAUAAUGAGUGCCUGACGCUCAUUCAUGAGACGCGAAGCCAGCCUGCAUCAUGCAUUUAAGCACCUCCUUCGUCGCAACAUGCAUCAUACUAAUGUUUAUGAUGUCAGAGGUGAGCUUGAUGGGAUCCCCCCAGCUCUCAAAAGAAAGCAAAAGCAAGAAAUUUGGUUGGAUACAGUCCAUGAACCGUAGCAUCAAGCUUGGCGGUUCGUCCAGAGGUUUGCUGGAGACAAUCACCAACUAUUUCAGUUCUUCCAAGAAGGUGCCUCUUUCCCCGAUGAACAGCGUGACACUCGACCCCGAAGACGAAGAUCUCCUACGACGGGCCGGGAUCAUAUCCACAAUGGGAGGCUGGCUCUCUUCUGUUAGUCCAUCCAUCAUCGAAAAUAUCAAAUAUUUAUUCCAACGAGUGAAGGUGACACUCGAGGCCCUGCCUGGAGAUGCACCGGUGCUGAUGAGCAAGACGGUCGUCAUCGAAACGAUGAGCCUGAGCGCGGAGCAGAUCGACGAGCUGGAGGAGGCUACCCGGGACGACGGCGAGCGACUCCGGCGGGAGCUGCAGACUCGGCUGACGCCGGACCUCUUCGGGCCGAUCUGCCUGUAUUCGGCCCCCGAGGCCCUCGGCAUCUUCCUCACGUCACCGCGCCUCCCCCCGGACCUCUCGCUCAAGGCCUGGCCCGUGCACGCCCUCUCCAAGGUCACCAACAAGGUCGUCACCAUGUCCGGCCUCGUCGUCGAUCGAGAUCGCGGAUACUUGGCCGCGCUCCCCGACGGGGUCGUCCAGACGGACGAUGCCGUCGUCAAGGUCCACGUCUUGCAACGACCACGGAGGAACGGACGCCUAGAGGCCAUCGCAGGUGAUGCGGUAUCAAAGAGCAGUACGAUAUUUUACGAAAUUCAAGGGCUUCUGAACAUCACGAAACGCAAGGAAUGUAUCCUUAUCAUCGUCACCCGGAGACACAUAAGAUACGUCACCGUCCAGAGAGACGAAGAGUUCUGGAUUAAGAACAUGUUGGACAAGAUCGUGAAUUUCUACGAGACGACACUACUACCCAAACUGUCGGAAGAAAUGUUGCCUCAUAUGCAGAAUGUACGAUUUGCAGCAAAACUUGUUUACACUGUCUUGAGCGCGUUGGAUAAUAAGAGAGUUCGGGAAAUUUACAGUAACACGAAAGGUCCAAGCGCCUAUGACGUAUUGAUGAAAGAAUCUCGUGUCCGGAUAAUGCCCGAACAUUACUAUCUCGUUAUGGAUCCCGCUAUACGGAAUAGAGAAAGAGUGAGGGAAAUCUUGAAAGGCUAUCCUUCGUCCAGAGAAAGCUGGAAUCUCGAGCAGGGUUCCAGAAAGAAGUUCCUCGAAAGUUACCUAGCUGCGAACCCCGGGUGGGAUAUCGAAGACGGUGGGUUGAUGAUCGACAGGGCGAUGCCAUACCUGGCGGCGUAUCCUACCGCCUUUGGAGUCCGUAUCCGCCCGACGCCUCAAUUUGGCAAAAUAAACACUCGAUUAAGGAGCACCAGAGGAUUCGAAGUCUACAGCUUGGAAGGUACGCACUCCCAACCCGAGUCAUCGCAGCCGCCGCAACCUCGUAGUAAUGGCUCCCGACCCAGGAGCAACAGAGAAAUAAAAAUCGAUUCUCAAAAACCUGGAAGUUCACCACAAAAACCCACGAAGAGGAAGAGGCAGAAGGUCAUUUUCGAAGUUGUUAUCCUGAACAGCGCAGAUGAGAAGCACUUGAAUACGAUCCUAUCUGUUGAUAAUAAAGCAGGAAAAAGGUGGCUGAGGAAAAGCUCGAAGUACUAUUAUCAAGUGCAAGGUUCUAUGGCGAUAAGUCGCGUGAAAGAGUGCGUUUUUAUUCUGGCGAAAGAAGGGACGAAUGGUGGAACAAUACUACACUCGGAGAUCAUCGACUUGGACGUGAAAGUCUGGCAUGACCUGCAACAGCAGCUGGCACAUUUCUAUUUCGGCGCGUAUCUCGUCUACCACGCCAGUCCGGAAUCCUUCGAGCUCCUUGCCCGCAACAAAAAACUGGAUCAACUUUUCCGCGAGGACGAACGUCUCUUCCCCACAAAGGCGGAAAUCGAAGAUGAUAAAAAGAAAGUUCAAGUUGAGAAGAAGAAAGCUUUGAAACUUACAGAUUCAAAGGGGUAGAGACUAAGGCUAGAGUCUAAUAACUUGUUGAGCCAUAAUCAAAAACUAAAGUAACCUCAUGUCAUCAUUUAUUCUCCUUUUUAAAAUAAACUACCAAAGAUUUAAAAAA